GCCGCGAGCACGUCUUGUGAUGCGCCCGCAGUUUUGACGCGAUAUGGCUUCGUCAACGACCGGCAAUAUCGUUGUCGAGUGGUUAAAAUCUCUCCACUUAGGCCAGUAUGCGGAAAGUUUCAUAGACAAUGGGUAUGACGAUUUAGAAAUAUGUAAACAAGUUGGAGAACCCGAUCUGGAUGCCAUCGGCGUCUUAAACCCCGCACAUCGUCAACGUUUGUUGCACUCAAUAAGAAGUUUGAGAGAAGAAGGAGCUGCGGCUGUUUAUUUCACAUUGGAAGAGGCAGCCGCAGCUCGAGACACUUGCCGAUGUGACGAAGAAGUGAGAAAGGAGCAGGCGACAGCAGUCAUCGAACCAGCCAAGUAUGCUGACGAGUACGAGGAAGGCAAAGCGGAGUUAGUGAAGAUUCCUCGGAUGCAACUGAAGCGUUUACUUCGAGAACGCCUCGCUCAAGAUGGAAUCCGCUUGAGCUUGCAGCCGUAUUCUACCACGGAUGGCGACAGAGGCUAUCUCGAAGGCUUAGCAUCAAGAUACGCGGACCUCUUCUCCACUCAUUACGGAGAUGUCCUAGACCACCUAGAGGAACUAAGGAGACAUGAAUGGGACGAGAUGUCGCCCCGAAUGAGGGUACUAGGGGGCCCUGGGACCCCCCAAACACCCCCCUCUGCCAGCCCGGGGUCUUUAGCCUUGAACAACCUGACAACGUCCCAUUCUCAGCCAAUUUAUGUACCUGGCAAAUAUUCAAGCACAGAGCCAAGCUACUAUGAGGGCGAAGCUUCAGGCGGCUCCAGUGCUGGUUGGUGGACUGCACAUGCGCCUCAUUCCUUCACCAGCGUAUCCAAGUUCCCUCACCAUGUUUUCCUUCACCAAAAACCGUCAAGUUGCCUCACAGAUAAAGAGGAAGACGAGAUAUACGGGUUUGGUUACGGGGUCUUUGGCAAACAGAUGUUGCAGCGACAACAACAACAGAAACAGCUGUUACUCGCCCAACCGACACAACCGCUGAUGCAUAAUCAACCGCAUAAUUAUCAGAGCUGCCUAAGCCCACGGUCGGCGUAUUUUUACGAAUUCCCUCCUAGUGUUUCCUUCCCAGAUAACUGCCUCGGUACUGCCAAGAAGAAGGUGACGACGUUUUCAAGACUGCUGCGUGGAUUGAAGUCCCAUAGGAAAGAGAAGCAUGGAUCCUGUUCGCCAAAACAUACCAACAGCCCUCGGCAGAUCUUGCCUCCACAGAGGGUCGACACGCCGGACAGCGUACUUCAAAGUGGCCUGGGCCUCGGUCCAGGGCCCGACACAGCCCUGAGGUCCAUGGUCGAUCCCAGGGAUUAUGACCGCCUCCGCUUCUUUCAAAUGAGUGCCGCUCAACCAAACACCUUCGAAGAAACUAUACAGAGGUUAAAAGUACAAGAAGCUAUGAAGAAAAAAGACAAAUUAGCGAGAGAACAAGAAGAGAUCCUAAGAGAUAUAAGACAAGGUCUUAUGAACAUGGGAAGAGACGGCGUUCGAGGCCCUUUUGGAGACGACACGUAUAUGUACGACGACGAGGCAAGAGGUCUAUCGGGACGAGGUCACUGGUAUGACGAACCACCUUAUGAAAGCGAUCCUGAAGAUUUCCUCAUGGGCGGAGGCGCACCAGCGGCUACGUUUCAAAACGGGCGGGUUUGCUUCACUCUAAAUCUUCGGAACGAACCUCGUGGAGAAGGCGUGAUAUCUCUGAGAAGCGCCGGUGAUAUAAGUUUAGCAAGAGCCCCUCGACGGGGAUUAAUAAUUCCACAAAGCGGUCCCUACCCGACCACUGUGAUCCCCCUGCGAACGCCGAGAGAUCGGGAGAGUGGGGAUUACGCCGCAUCUGAUAUUCAAUCUAUAGACUCGAGGCUGUCCGGAAUAUCUUUAGAAUCAAGUCGGUCAGAAUGGGACUCCAGAAGAGGCUACAGGCAAAUGUCCGGAUAUCGGAUAGGUGCCGACCCCUUGUCACCCGCAUCAUCCGAUUACGAAGAUCAAGAUAGCGAAACUGAUUCGCAACACAUAGCUACAGUCCACAAGUCAGCCGAGGAAUGUGAAGGAGUAUCGAACCUAGCGGGAAAAGUGAGAGGCCUCAGACAAGAUGUUCAAAGAAAAAUAUCAAGAUUAAGACAAGAAAGGGGCCCUGAAGGCACCGAUAGGCGGGCGAGCGGUGAUCAAGCGUUCCCAUGUUCUAAUAGUUCUUUUGAAAGUCUCCCCAGCGGAUCAGGCAGUAGCACACAAGCUUUGGUUCGAGCCGGUAGUAAUCACUCAUCUCUCUCGGCAGAAGAAAACAUAGAAUUAAGUCCGGCCGGGCGGAGUUUACUUGUGCCGCAAAUGCUAUGUCGGGCUCGGGCACUCGUCGAUUACACGCCCAAUAUUUACGAGAAAGAUGCCUUGAGAUACAAGAAAGGCGACAUUAUAGAGGUGAUCAAUAUGAACGCAUCCGGGAUCUGGCGGGGUAUACUGAAUAAUAAAGUCGGUAAUUUCAAAUUCGCCAACGUAGAAGUACUAUCUGAAAGAGAUACGGUUCGAUCUAGAUCAACGAAAUGGAGUAAAAGUCGAGAAAGACUUUGGGAGACGCGACCACGAACAGUAGAAGAAUUACUUAGAAGAAUAGAAUUACCAGAAUACACAGUGGCCUUUGCAAGAAAUGGGUAUGAAGACAUAGAACUAUUUAAAGAGAUUGAACCGUCUGAUUUGGAUUACUUAGGAAUUAUGACUCCCGAACAUCGUACUCGCAUCCUUGCUGCGGUACAACUGCUGCAUCAGCUUGAAGGUGCUGAAGUUGAUGGUGGAGGAGAAGGAGGCGGUUCGAGUUCAGAGGGCGGCGAUUCACCCUUCGGUCGAAGGCAAUUUCCUCGGGACUCCGGUUGUUAUGAAGCCGGCGUCGGUGUUGGUGGUGUCAGAGUUCGUACUUCUCCGCUAAUACACAGGACAGAGGAACCAUCGCUUAGGCAGCCACAACCGCAACCACAAGCUAAGCGAUCUAUACGCAGGCGGCAGCCAGAUGACACCGAAUGCGAUAGGAUCGAACGCUACCCUGGAACGGUCCAAGAGAAAGUUGUGAAUCGCACAGUUGGUUUAACUGGAGGUGCGAGGGAUGAUACUUGUGAAUCGGAUCAUCGUUUAAAUGUGGUUAAGUUUGUAGCGGGUGGGGAGCCUUGUGCAUCGGAGAAGAGCUCGGACUCAGGUGUGAGCAGUUCUUCGUUGAGUUCAGCGCAUCCACAUCGUCCCUGAGCGAGGCCCGCCGCGCCCGCGCUUGCCUAGGCGCUGGCGCGGGCGCGAGCACAAGUCGCUCGACCGCCCGCACCCCCCUCAGAACCCUCUGCGCCGCCUGAAGAAAGCGUGCAAACGCCUCUGUAAAUGGUUAAAUUAUACAUCUCGCCAAUGGGUCUGAUAGUAAAACUGGAUUACAAAUUUUGUGAAAGUGAUCAAAAACGGGGAUGGGUCAUCAUAGGCAAAAAUCUUUAAAUACCCUCAAUUGAGUUUUUAAAAUUGUGUGGGCAACUGUGAUCUGUGCAGGAAUAGAAACGCUUAUAAUAUCUGGCAGAUUUUUAACAUCGCAGGUAAUAAAAUAACAUCCAAAAAUACAUCCAUUUUUCAAAAAGACUGCAAUACUCUAUUUAUAAAUAUUAUUUCAUUUUGCACUUUUUUACACAAAGUUGUACGUUUUAUUGGCGUUGACAAGCUUUUUUGAUUGAAACAGGAUUGAACAUCAAGAAUAAUAAAUAGGUCAAAGCGAAUUUAAACACUAAAGGGAUUUUAGUAACUUGUUCGUUAAUUUAAUUUAAAAAUUGAUUUUAAAUCGCUUCGUAGGUACUAUCAUUCCGUUAAUGAAUUUAAAAUGCAUAUCAAUUACAAUGCUUUUGUUGCAUUUAUAAAUUACUUUGCACUUUAUUCAGAAUUUCAGUUUUGGCUGAGCUUUUAUAAAGAAUUUUGAAUAAAGUGCAAAUUAUAGUGUUAAUGUAGGCAAUGAUGGCAAUAAGCUCAUAAGUAAUAAUGAUAGACGAAGCGUUAAAAGCGCAACAUUUGAUAGCAAUACUUUUUUAUGGUACCUUUCAAAUCCGAAUUCAGUUUCUCAGAAUAAUGACAAUAUUAUUACUUGGAUUAUUUUUAUCAAUUAAAUAAAAAGAAAUAUAAGCCUUAUCAGAGAAUCAUUUAUUUGAGAAAUUGUUUUUUUAUCAAUUUAUUUCUUAAUAUCAUACGUCAUACUUCAAUCCAGUCUUUCUUUUCCAUAGCCAUUUUGAUUUACAAACAAUGCAAAAUAAUUUCAAUUGGCCAGUUUUCUUUGAUUACAGUCUAUACGGUUCUAUUUCUGUCAAAUGGUGCUUUUUGAAUUUACGUUCUACUCUUUUAUUAUAAACAUUGCCAUUUAGCGUCUCCGGUUUUGGUACAAUAUUACUGUGUCUAACCUAACCGGCCUAAACUAGAUCAAACUGAAUUCGGAUUUCAAUAGUAACACUAAGUAUUAUUUAGUAGAUAGGUUAAUUAUUAUUAUACGUUGAGACUUUUGUAUUGUUUAAGAGAGCUUUAUGCGGUUGCCCGCAUGUACAUAGUAGUGGUUAAUCAUCCUUUAAGUAUGUGUGAAAUUUUAAAUUUCGCCAACAUUUUUCGAUUCGUGGUUUUACCUAUACAAAGUAUGACAACUGUGUAACUGAACUGCCAUAUUUUUAUAAUUAUACUACGCCUGUCUCACUCGAUGAAAAUAAAAUGGCGUUUUCUUGUCGAUAUAUAUGAAAAUUUCUACCUUUUGCAACAGUAACUAUAUACUUUCUGAAGUACUGACAUUUCUAUACAUAAUGAAUUGUUGUUAUUCAAAACAUAAUUAUUAGUCAUUUACAAAUUGAUAUUUCAUUAAAUGCCCCUAUAUCUAUCUGAACAAUAAUGAGGGAUUUUCCAUGCUACGUUUUCCAAAAAAGAUGGCGUUGUGGAUGAAUAUCAAAAUGUGCCAAGUUUGGUGGCGAACUUUCAUAUAUUUUUUUCGUGAAAAAUUGGGUUUCAUGUCGGAACCCAGGAUCCUCUUGGAUCUUUUUCAUGUCGAAACCCAAUUUUUCACGAUAAAAUAUUUUUUUUAUUUCAUAUUAAUAUGAAAUUUCGCCACCAAACUUGAAAUUUUGAUAUUCACCCUUGUACAGAUUUAACGUGAUAAUUACUUAUUUUGUCAUUGCUUGACAACAUAAUUAUUCGAAAAUAUUUAAUAAACAAAGUAAUGGCAGAGACUUAUAUCAAAAUAAUUGUUGCUUGUUAUUUGGAUCAGAUAUGGUAUAGAACAAUGUUGCUACCUAUAUUCUUUCUCUUUAUUUUGAUCAUAAUAAUAAUAGGCGGAAGAUGUGUUGUGCCUGGGUAUAAGAAUCGGUCAUCAUUUAUACCCAAAAACAAAGAUAAAAGAUGCAUAUAACUGUUAUCCAUGAAAUUAAAAAGUUAAACAAAGGAAACUCUGUACAGCGCCAUCUAUAUUUUUUGAAGAACGUAGCCUGGAAAGUUGCUUAUUAUUUAAUUAUAAGGACACUAACAAUAUUUAUCAGCAGAAAGCCAGGGAACUAGCUUAAGCAUUUGAAUAAAGCCUUAAGGCAUUCAUUACGGACAAGUAAAUAGCCUUCGGUAUCAAAGUGGGCUCAUUGAAAUUCCUCGCUGUGGCAUUAAUCGAUUGCAACCAUUAGGUUCAGUGACCGGCGCAACACCAACAAGAAAACACUUCAAUUGCAACCGCAUUAUUUUUUUGUUAAAAUCCAUACACAUUUUGACCACGAUCGUAAACUAGUCCGACUAAAUGUAUAUAGAUAAGUGUUUGUUAUUUGUAUAUUGUAGAUAGAAUAUAUUUCUUUUAACAAUUAUUGUGUAUUCAAUUAUUCUUUAUUACUACUUAUUAAAUGUUAAAAAGUAAUUUUUAAUAACGAAACUUUGUUUGGGUUCAUGCUCAGUUGAAGUCUAUCCGUACCUAUGUGGAAUUAGGUUAUUAUAAGACUUGUGAUUAUAAAGAUAUUUAAGAUUGUAUAUUACACCUACCUUUUACUUUAGCCGUACACGUUUCAGUAAUUCAUGUAGCCAUAUUCAUAUUUUUUUUAUACAAAUCUUACGUAAGUUCACAGUCUGUUUACGAACAUGGAUUCUAAAUAAAUAAAUAAUUUCAAAAAUGUUUUUCUUUGUAUUGCAAAACAACUUUAAUAGUUAGCUUGGGCAUGACUACAAUUGGGUAGUUUCCUAGGUCAAAUAUAAAUUAUAAA